CCAUACCGUCCGCCUAUCUCUGUUUCCGAAGCUCAACAUGGCCGACAAGAUGGAAGGCGUCGAGGUCGCCUCUGCUCCUGUCGACAAGGCUCCUACUGCUGAGCAGCUCUCACAAUCCAUAAUCGCAAACUUUGGCCUACUUGAUCAGGCUGUUGCUCGUUUCGAUGGACGCUUCACCCUCCGUGUACUCCGCUCAAUAUCGAGCAUGCGCAAGAGCCCCCAGCUCCUUGACGCCCUGUCUAUUGCCGUUGGAUCCCUCUACGCCUCACACCCAGACUCGCCCGACAAGCGCUUCCUGGAAUCAGCUCUCCAAAAGUCCUCGUCCGCUCCGGCGAACGGCAAUGCUCAGCCAAAGGAUGGCGACGUUCUUCCAGAGUCCUUCAUCUAUCUGGCCGUCUUGAUCCAGGUUUACCUCCACGAUGCGCAAAAAUACUCACAUGGUGCUGAGUUCUCGUCUGUUCUGGUCGACAGAGUACGAGAGUACAACCGCCGUACCUUGGACUCUCUCGCCGCAAAGUCUUACUUCUACUACCACCUCUUCCACGAGCAGCUCGACCCCAAGCCGCCGUCCAAGCAAUCACCCGUCAUUGCCACUAGAUCAAAGCUUUUGGCCGCCCUCCGUAGCGCCGUUCUACGCAAGGACAACGAUACCCAAUCCGCCGUCAUCGUUCUUCUCCUUCGCAACUACAUCUCUACCGCCGACAUCACUCAGGCCGACCUCUUGGUCAACCAGACAUCCUUCCCUCCGAACGCUCCCAACAACCAAGUCUGCCGCUACCUCUACUACCUCGGACGCAUUCGUGCCAUUCAACUUUCAUACACUGCCGCUCAAGAACAUUUGACAAGCGCCACUCGCAAGUCUCCUACCAACAAUGUCGCAGCCGGCUUCUACCAGUCUGCGAUGAAGCUGUUGAUCAUCGUCGAGCUCCUGAUGGGCGACAUCCCGGACAGAGCCAUCUUCAGACAACCUUCGCUCGAGCGUGCUCUCUACCCAUACUUCCGUCUUGUGCAGGCUGUUCGUGUUGGUGACCUACAAGGUUUCGUUCGUGUUGUUGAAGAGAACACAUCACAGUUCCGCCGCGACGGUACCUACACCUUGAUCCUCCGCUUGCGUCAAAACGUCAUCAAGACUGGUGUCCGUAUGCUCUCCCUUUCGUACUCUCGCAUCUCACUUCGCGACAUUUGCUUGCGCCUGGGUGUUGAGAGCGAGGAGUCCGCCGAGUACAUUGUUGCAAAGGCUAUUCGCGACGGUGUAAUCGAAGCCACCCUGGAUCACGAGCACGGUUUUAUGGAGUCCAAGCAAGCCGGAGACAUCUACGCCACAAGAGAGCCUGCCGAGGCUUUCCACGAGCGUAUCAAGGCUUGUCUGAGCAUUCACGACGAAUGUGUGAUGGCCAUGAGAUAUCCUAUGAACAAGCACAGGCAAGAGUUGAAGAAUGCCCAGGAUGCCCGCGAAAGAGAGCGUGAGCUUGCCAAGGAGAUCCAGGACGGCGACAUGGAUGAGGAUGACGCUGGCGAGUUCGAGGGUAUGUAAAGCAUGGAAUUGCAUAUAGAUACGACGACUCGGCUAUGUAAGAUCAAGAUGAGCGUGGCCAAAGGAAAGACGUGAAGCGUUUGAUGAGCAGCAUGGCGUCCGCCGGUUGGUGCAUAGAACAUCUUUCAGCAGAAUAAUGACAACUUUUCCAAACUCAACACAAUCUAUCGAUCUCAUCUAUUAUGUUUCUGCAUCUUCUGAUUCCCAGAGCUACUGUGUUCCAGUCGUCUCUUUUCGUCUCGUUGUUCCAGUGAUGAGCCCGGACCACUGCGGCUAAACAUCCAACCACCAGCUACCAUUCUGCUCAUCACUUCCCAGCCACCUCGACAACCUGUUGCACACCGCAUUGUAGUCUUUGCUUGGUGUGUUGGCGCCCUGCUUUGUGGUGACUGACGUAGGC